AUGCCAGACCUCUGCAGCUUCCUGGUGAACCUGAAGGAGUUGGGGGAGGCAUGUGUGAAAUUAACUUCUCCGACACGCCAGUCCACUGACUCCGUGGAAGUGCUGAUAUCUUCAACCAGCGAAGAGAAACGUCCCAAGGUACCCCCGAGAUCAAAACGUAUCGCCGCCUUACCCAGGAACGUCGCCAGCGAGGAAGAUUCAGUGGAUGCGGAUGUGGCGUCAGUGAGGAAUCGAUCAAAGCCGCCGGAACGGCCUAAGAGCAGCUAUCGUGGAGCCAUCAUUUCGGACGUCCCUUCGUCGUCGACGACUGCAGUGAAGCCAGUGACGGACCGGGGUUUGCAAAUUGUGCCGGAUGCCAGAGACGUUUGCGUGGGAGACAGUAAAGUGCACGUGGUGACGGAAGAGGACGGCGAAGAGGGUAUUUUGAAAAUGAGACAGCGUUUUCACGACAUGUUGGAUGAUGCGUUUAGAGCGUUUGGAAAUGAAGACCUGGUGAUGGCCAAGGUGGAGGUUAACUCUGGGGACUUGCCUCCGCCGUUGCCGGAGAAAAGAGCGAGAAGCGCAGCUGACUCGAGGGCAAAUUUUGACAGGCCGGAAAAGGCGAGACCAAUAUCUGCCCUGCUGAAAUCUGGCUCAACUGUGGCUGAUGGGAACGUGUUGACUCUCACUGUGCCGCCAAAACCAGCUUGGGGAACUGAUCCCAGGUUUGAUGUUGAUGUGCAAGCAUCAUCGGGUCAGUUUGUGCGUGGCCGUUCAAAUGCCCCACCCCCAAGCCCUGAGAUGAUGAUGGGAGACGGGCUGAGGAACUACGAGCCGAUUGACCCAGACUCCGGUUUGCGCAUGAAUGACCCAGCUGUGCCAGUCAUCAAGGCUAUCAAAGAAGAGCUGAAGCGAUUUGAUUCCACUCCUGCUGAAAAGUCUAGUUCAAAACGUGUCUAUCGUGUUCGGCUUUUGAAAGAGUCCCUAACCACUCCUUCGUUACCACCGCAGCAUUUGCAAUAUGCCGGGCAUUUGGAAAUCGCAGAAAUUGUCGGCAAGUUUCAGGCUUGUCAGAAAGCUUCGAGGAAGCUUUUGGAAGACGGGAAAAAGUAUGGCAAGAGUUUGAAGACGUUGUCUGCUAUGGAGGUGCGGCUGUUGAGCGAUUUCAACACCGGAGGAGUUGUUCGAGAUGGAGAACCUGUAAAAGAAGUUCUUAGUGGACAUCAAUCAAUUGCCAACCAGGCUGUGAGAGAAGCGAAUGACUUGGAUAAGCUUGCUAAGGAAACCGUGAUAGAGCCCCUGAAUAAGUUCCAGAAAGUUUUCACAGCCGUGAACGAAAGGCUGAAAGCCAGGGACGAACAAAUCAGCGCAAUCAUGAAACUGUCGGAGAAGCUGGAAAAGCUGCGGAAACCGGGAUCGAAUUUGCAGAAAAAGUGGAAAAUCCCGCAAGUCGCGCAGCAGAAGCAAAUGCUGGAGGCUGAGUUUGUCGACAGCGAAAGAGUUUUGGUGGAGGAACUCCGAGGCCUGUUUGACCUGCGACUCAAGUAUUUCCAGCCGAUUUUGCAGGCGCACGCUUUGGCGCAAAUUAACUUUUACGGGGAACAGUGCAAAAUUUUCGGGCACGUUGCAGCAGGGUUGCCGGAGUCUGUGGCGCCGGUGUCGAACAAAGAAUUCCAAGGGUUCCUCAACUCGAGUGUGGAACGGUUGAAAGAACUCAAAAUUAUUCGGGUUUCUGAGGCUUGAUCAUGGUUGUUGUGUUGUUUCUGCUUUGCUUCUGUGAUGACAACUUUUUGUUUUGACGAGUGGUUUACUUGAAAAGAAAAAUGCUCUCUUCACUUUUUUUUGCGCUGAUUAAAUUAUUCAUUGUUGACGGUGA